CUUUUCCUUUGCACAGGUUUUGAUAAAUUUCCCCCUAGAUGUGUAAAGCUGACAUAGACAUCCCCAGAAGGACUAGUAGCUGUAAUUGCACGAAAGGUGGUUUUACCAGGGCUGUGGAGGAGGAUGAGGAUGAUGAUGAUGAGGAGGAAGAAGAAGAAGAGAGAGCGGAGGAGCUGGAUGAGGAGGAUCAGGAGAUCAGGAGGGAAUUAGCCAAGAAAAGGGAAGUGAUGCUCACGUGGAGCUGCGAAUCCAGUGCGGCCAUGGAGAAGUCUGCGGAGCGCCCUGCCCUGCCCUGCUCCAGCCUGAUCCUCGCCGUGGGGGACAACGCUUCAGGUUUCCUGUCGGCUUAUAUCCUGAGCUCCGGCAGCUGGGAGGUGGCCGGCUACAUCAGACUAUGGAAUGAGAGAUGUCGAGACCCCGUGCCCAAAAGUGACGCAGCAGUUUCUCCAUCAUCCUGUAUCUUCUACCGAUCAGUCACAGAUCCUUCAGUGAUGCUCUGUCUGUGUAAGUCUUACGUGGCUGAAGAUCAGCAGUUCCAGUGGUGUGAAAAGGUUUUCAGCUGUCUACAGAAGUCUGGUCUUAAGGUGACCGUCCUCUCCACCUGUCCGGUCACUGACUACAAAACGACAGAAUCCACACACAAUCUGCCCGUCCCAUUUCUCAGAGUGACCACCACAAAGCAAUACUCAGACAGCGCCCCCUGCAGUUACCUGGAACAGCCGAAUAUUGUGGAUGGGCUGCCUGCUGCAGUGAUGGCGCACUGUCAGGUGUGGGGGAUCCCGGCGGUAUUCUACCAGUGCUACACCGAUAUUACCAAACUGGACUCUGUCACUAUCGAAGCUUUCCGCCCCCUGCUGUCCUGUCAGAACAUGAGCCGUCUGGCUGCGAAAUCGGAAAAAAUUGAAGAAACUCUGAAGAAAACGGUGACAACUGUCGAAAUCCAAAGCAACUUGUACAUAUAGAUCUAUAGAAGAGACUCCAAAUCCCUGCGGGGAAUAGAAUUGGAGCCAGAAUAGAAGAGUUUUUUUUUUUUUUUUUAUACAUUAUAUUAUUUAGUUAAAUAAUAAAUUGUUUAU